AUGGUUAAGGCUGUGGAAUCUCAGGGUACUGUUUCUACAGGCGCGGAUGUGGAGGAAAACUAUGUGAACGAGAAGGAAGAGGAAGUGAUGUUAAAUACUAUCCCUAGACAACUACCCCAUUUUCCUCAACGAUUGAAGAAAAAGGUCGAUGAUGCAAAAUUUGGUAAUUUCAUGGCCAUGCUCAAGCAAUUGACAAUUAAUGUACCUUUGGUUGAGCAACUUGAGAAAAUGCCAGGCUAUGCCAAGUUCAUGAAAGAUCUCAUCACCAAGAAGAAAAAGGUCAGCAGUGAGCAGGUGGACAAUCUCCACCACUGUAGUGCAAUUUCCACACGAUUCUUAGUGCAAAAGAAGGCUAACCUAGGUACAUUCACUAUCCUGUGCAAAGUUGGGUAUUUGGAUGUUGCAAAGGCAUUAUGUGAUUUGGGUGCCAGCGUGAAUAUGAUGCCACUUGCUCUAUGUAAGAAGCUGCAUUUAGAAGAUCCAACAUCUACUAACAUGAGACUGGUGGUGGCAGAUAGGUCAAUAAAGCAGCUUGUUGGGAUUUUGCACCAUGUGUUGGUAAAAGUUGCAGACUUUAUUCUUCCUGCUGAUUUUGUGGUGCUGGAUUGUGAUGUGGACUUUGAGGUACCCAUUAUCUUGGGAAGACCAUUCUUUGCAACAGGAAGGGUAAUAGUUCAUAUGGAGUUAAACGAGCUUAAGUUUAGGCUCGGUUAA